AAGUAAGUUAUGUGACUGAAAGAUCAAAAAAGGAGGGCCAAGAGAUGAAACAACGAGUUAUUAAAUAAGAGCUAAAAUAAACUACAAUUGGACAGAUGGAUCUCUUUAUGAAACCAAGAGUAGUCUUGGUUUCUCUCUCUCUUUCAGUUUCCAAAUGUGGUCUGUUUUGUUGAAAGCAACUGUUUUGGAUUUGGAACCAUCAGGGAUCAUCAGUGUCUGACACUCUCUACACCGGAUGCAAGCGGCACGGCGUGACAUACAGUAUACAAAUACAAAUGCACAUGUAAAUAUACAAUUGAACCCAUUAUAAUCAGUGAUGCUGUCUACACUUGACACGCGACACUUGGCGCGACACGAUAAAUCCUCGACAAGCUGAUGCCUCGUUCUAUUUACGACAUACUGACACAAAGUUCAAAUGAUUUUCAACAGUCGCUUUCUUGCGUCUAGUGUAGACCGACUUUAGCUGUUGCGGCGUGGUGCAGCACGACACAUAUGACAAUUGUUGCAUCCGGUGUAGACACGGUGCGAGUCAAGAUAGAUUUAUUUUUUGUUUGUUUGUUGUUGUUUUUUUUGGUAACAACAGAUCAACUUUCCCUAAAAUAAUAGUUACAAAGGCAGCUGAUGCAAGACUCUGCAAUCAUUUUUGACAUCAAAAGUUUGAUGACACUUGCAAUGACUCAUACAUACCAAACCGACAACAAAAGGAAAGCUGAACAGCUUAAACAUUAAACUUCUCACAGACAGGCUCCGCAGCUGAAUCAUCAUGCCAAGUCGGUCAGCCAAGUUGGUAAUUAUUGUCAUUACCAUGAUAUUUAUUUCAUCACUAAUAUUUAUUAGGAUUAUUAGUGAUACAACAUGCGCAUGUGUUUGUAUUUGGUUUGCAUGUGGGAGCGCUUGGUUGGAAACCAAUGGUGAUUUAAACAUGAUUCAACAAUGCUAAAUGUAUGCAUGCCAGUAAACAACUUACAGUAUAAUAGUAACAACAUUCCGGAGAGCAUUACAAAGUGUGAUGAUAUGGAUCUCAUCGACUGUGCAGUUCACUAAUCAACCCUACAUGCAAUGAUGCUGGUAAAGCGAAACAUCAGCUGGUGUAAAAAUAGGAAUUCUGUUAUCAUGCCCAUACUUGUUACUUCCUUCAUGUGCUUUUGGCCAUCACAGUCUGUGGUCCUUCCUUACUUACUAUGAUUCAGCCUGAGGGGUGGAGCAAAAGUUUUAUUUUGGGGUGCAUAAAUUCUCAUCCUCGGGAUAUCUAAUCUUUACUGAACAAGGAUACACAAUGGAGAUCUACACAUCAACUGCAUGUGUAGUAACAAUCUUGUGCAUUUUUGCCACAUCCUCUGCAAAGGAAAUUUGCCAUCAUGACAGAGGGAACAACAGCAACGCAGGUUUCAAUGGACAGAUGGAAGGCAGCCAUCAUCUGCACUGGUGUGGGAAUGUGUUUUACAAUAUCUCAGGAAGUUCCUGCUGUAAUGGUAAUAUAACUCUGGGAUUAAGCCAGCUGGUGGCUGACUGCUGUGGUUCUGUAGCUUACAAUCCACUUAAUGAGAUUUGCUGUAAUGGCAGGAUUCUGACUCGAAGCAGCACUUACGUGAAAUGCUGUGGCAAAGACAUGUACUUGACAACGACUCAUUUGUGUUGUGGUAAAAACAAACUAUUUCAACAGAAGGAAAAUCAUUCUUGUUGUGGCAAGGAAACAUAUGACAUGACAACCCACUGCUGCUGUACUAACACUACACUAGAAGUAAAGCCUAAAAGUGAAACUUGCUGUCCAAAAGCAACAGAUUCUGAUAGAAAAACUGAACGCCAGCAAGGCCCUCCUCCCACCCGCACUCAACCCAUAUUAUCAGACUUGAAGUGUGGAUCAGAAACCUACAAUCCCCAUGAACAAAUUUGUUGCUCAGGGAAUCUGUAUAAGGCAUCAGCACUUACUAAGUGCUGUGGCCUAGAUGCUUACACUCUGUCAGAUGGUGAUGUGCUGUGCUGUAAUGGAACCCUUCAUCUGAAUGUGCCUGAGCAGUCAGAGUGUGUUGGAGGUGUUAUAUAUACUCCAGGAAACACUACUUGCCAAAUGUCGACCCGUCCUCGUGUUGGCGAGCACUGCUGUGGAGGACAAACCUUCAAUCCUCGCUCGCAUAUUUGCUGUAAUGGACACAGCCACAACAAGAAGAAUGGCAAUUUCUGUUGUGGUUCAGAAGUCUAUGACCACCACAACCAGUUCUUGAGAUGCUGCUCAGGUCAUCUCUACAACCUAACCCAUUUACGUGGGAAAGCAGAGUGCUGUGGAAGCCUAUUGCUGCAAUAUGAUAAUCAAACUUGCUGUUCCUCCUCAACCAAUUCCAUACUGUAUGACACCAAACAAAACCACAGUUGCUGUGGGCAUUACUACUACAAAACAUCCCUGUGGAGCUGCUGUGCUGAACGUCUCAAACCAACACCAAAGCCUAACAGCUCUCCUGCAGAAUACAGACUUAAACCACUAACAGACCUGAUCCCUGAAAUGUGCAAUAAAACAGUGUUCUUUGGCAAAGUGGAGAGUGUGACACUUGAAAAUGAUCUGCGUCAUGUGGUGUUGAAAGUUGUGUGGAAAGUCAAAUCUGAAAAUUUCAUCAAAGACCCUUGGCUUUAUGUGUCCCUGGAUCACUGCAGCUCUCCUGCCACAGACAACGGCAUGACCUACCUUUGGGAGGAAAACCAGAAUGGGAAGCACAAGCUUCUCUCUCACCCUGUUGACCUAACAUCUGACAUGUACAUGUUAUAUUCUGUAUGUUACCAAAAGAAGGGAUAGAAAUAUGGAUUGAGGUCUAUUUCCCAUCAUUUCCCAGAGCAUGCAGGUUGUCAUAAGAUUUCUGAUCAUUUUUGAUAAAUGACAAUAGAGACAAGUCUCUGUUACACAGCAUUACAGCAUCACAUGUUGUGCAUCUGUGCUUUUUACCUCAUUGGAUAUUUUUAUUUAAUCUAAAUAAUGGAUUGAUCCUGUUUGGAAUGGUGCAUUACUCUAUUUAUUCGGUGAGGUAAUUUUAAGCUUUGUUAAUGUGAAAAAUAGAAAUAGAAUCAAAAAAGAAAACAUUCUUCUUUUUUAAUAUUGAGUUCUCUUAAAGAGUUCUUUUUUUAUUAUUGCUGAGCAGUGUUAAUUUUAUAUAUUUUAAGUUGCACUGCAUUUUUUUGUAAUCAUACUGUAUUUUAUCAGUCUCAGGUCUAUUCCAAUUUUGUUAAAUUUUUAACAGUUUGACAGGUUCAUGUACUAAGCUCAAAGGUGCUCAAAUGCAAUUAAUGGCUUUUAUCCUAAUCCUUGAGAAGACAAUGAUUAUUUCAUAUAUAUACAACGGGGCUAAAGGCCCCCCUUAAGAAAAAAUGUGCUAUUCACUGCACCUAAAAUGUAUAAUUACAGACAAAAUAUAUACGUUGUAUUGAACAUUAAUGGAGCAACAGAUUUUGUGUGGAAAUAAAUCAUUCAAGUUGUUUAUUUUGUUUAAAAAUCUUAUAAAUGUAUGAGGUGGCAAGGGGGGCCUUUUACCCCACACACAGGGUAAAAGGCCCACCAGUAUGGGGUAAAAGGCACAUGGUAUUGAUACAAAUGUUUCAGCUAAAAUAAUGUUUUUUAAAAUAAUAUAUAAGUUAAUACUCGUUCAAAACAAUCACUUCACUUUAGCAAAGUUUGUACUAUUUUCUGCUUAUUUUGAAAAAUAAAAUAAUUUUUGUUCAAUAAAUAUACUGUCAUUAAAAUGUUAAUAUAAAAAAUAUAUUUUAAAAUACAGAAACAAAAUCAUUUUAAUAAGUAAAGAUUAUGAAAGUAUUGAAGGGGAUCCAAUAAUAAUUGAAUAUAUAUUUACAGUAGUAACAACAAAUGACAUUUUAUUAUAUGAUAUGAUUAAUAUCAUGUUUUUAAAUAUGAUGGUUUCAUUCUAAACAUGGUGAUUAUCUCUAAUAUGGACACCCAACAUAAUGAUAUUUACCAUCUGAAUCUAACCAUGUCAUGUCAACAAAUGGAAAAGUCAGCCAUCUAUUAAUUAUCAUGUUAAUUAGCCUACUGUGCGCCUUUAGCCCCAACAGCAGGGGCGCUUUUUACCCCAAAUACCAUACUUUUACAUAUUCUUCGUUAUUUAAAAACUGUUGCUUUAAUUAUAUGAAAAUCAUAAAGAAGACCUUUGUCUGAAAUUAUAUGCAUUAAUUUUAGCGAUUCUCAUUUGCUACUUAAAUCUACAACAUUUUAAAAAACAUAAAAUAUUAGAUCAAGUAAGCACAGAAUCAACUUCGCGCUGCUGCGCGAUCGCAUCAAAGAUCAGAUAAAUAUACAUGUGCAUCUUGAAAAGCGAAUGUUUUGGAAAGUGCUAAGCCAUGUUUUUGUGCCAUCUAGUGGUUUAGAUGAAAAUAAUAUCAAAGGGGCCUUUUACCCCGGGGCGCCUUUAGCCCCGUUGUACCCUAUAUAUAUAUAUAUAUAUAUAUAUAUAUAUAUAUACACACACAUUUGCACUAAAAUGUAUGCUAAAUUUACAACUGAAUUUAGAGACAAUCAAAAAUCACUGUGUUAAGAUGAAAUUUAAUCUGUCUGUCUAAUACAUUUUGUGACUUGGGAGUUUUAAACUUAUCCAAACUCCUAUAUACUGUCUUAUUUCUAUGCUAUAUACAACUGUGAAUACACCUUUCAUGUUAAAUGUUGUGUGAAGAAAAUUUACUCAUUCAAGCUGUAUUAUGGUAUUGCAGAUAUGGAAUUUGAAAUAUAUAUAUAUAU